UUCCUUCCCUUUUUCGCCUCUCUUCCCACUUCCUCCCCAACCAGACUCUUCGAUUCUCCUUCAUCGCUGCAGAUUCAUUCAGCUCAACUUCUCUUUCUCUGCAACGCCUCCAACUUCUUCCCCACCCAAAACCUCAACUCUCUUUCCGACAAAAAAAAUUUCAACUUUCCUAGCGCCAUUCUUUCCAUUAAUAUGCUCCCGCUACUUUUUUCGCCAUAUAUCAUUAUAUUUAGAAGGUCUCUUCCGUCCUAAGUAUCCUGAAAUCUUCUACUCUAAGCAUUUCCUCUUGUUCGUCUUCUUCGGACUUUGGAAGUGGGAGAUUGAUUGGAUCUUCGGACUUUUAGCAAAGGUAACGCGUUUCUUGGUGGGUUGGGUUCUCCUUCCUAUUUAUUGCUUCUGAAACGGUUUCCAUUGAUCCAUCACCAUUGAAUCAUUUGAACCCUUUGUUGUUGACUGGGGCAUGAAAUUGUGCCACUAAAGGUGGGAUCUUUGUGAAGACUGCGAGUUUGGAUUCAGCUGGACAUUCUUUCUGGGUUUGAUUCAAAGUUCUCAGCUUUGGAUUCUGUUUCAUCUAUCUAAUAAAGGGGCGCCUCCGUCUUUGUAAGUCAGCCUUUGUGCGCCUCUAUAGUCCUCUGCUGUUGUUAGCAGUUUUGUCCACCUGAUUUAGGGGUUACAAGGGGAUUGAUGUCCAUGAAAAACCCAUUAAAGGGGAUGCGAAAGCAUGCCAGUUCUCACUCUGGAAGGGUGUUUAGUGAUAGGAAAUGGACUAUCCCUUUUUUCGCGAGCUUGCUCGUCUCUCUAACUCUCUUCUUAUGGGCUAUUUUUGGGCUUUUCUCGUCCCCUAAUGGCGGAGAUGAGUUUCCAUUUGAGGUCAUUUCGAUUUCGAGAUCAGAGGGUUCAAGUGACUACUUUGUAGAAUCAGAACUGAAGUUGAGAAUGAAUGCAAGUAUGGGUUCAAAGUUGGAUGCCCCUAGGUUGGCUUAUCUCAUUUCUGGGACAAAAGGCGAUAGUCAUAGAAUGAUGAGGACUUUGCAAGCUGUGUAUCAUCCACGGAACCAGUACAUCUUGCAUUUGGACCUUGAGGCCCCGCCUCGUGAAAGGCUAGAAUUGGGUGCAUCUGUGAAGAGUGAUCCGACAUUUGCUGAAGUUGGGAAUGUGCGUGUGAUGGUGCAAUCCAAUUUGGUGACCUAUAGAGGGGCUACUAUGGUUGCUUCCACAUUGCAAGCUAUUGCCAUUAUGUUGAAGGAAAGCUUGGAAUGGGAUUGGUUCAUCAAUCUUAGUGCUUCUGAUUACCCACUUGUGACACAAGAUGGUUAGUAACACGACAGUCUGCUUCUCUCUUUUGGAUCCUGUUCCCAAAACUUGAUUCAUUCUUGGCGUAAGUUCUGUGUCAUGGUUAUAUUAGCAUAUUGGUGUCAGUGUUUUGGCCCUUUGAUUCUGCUAUCUUUUGUUCCUGGCUUAUGCUGUUCCAACAUAGGAUACAUGUUUACUCAGUGACGAUUAUGUGUAAUCAGGGCAGAACAUGUUGUGCUUGAGUAGCCGAUAAUGACUACAUUGAGCUUUAGUAGAGUGAUGUAUCCCCCUUAAAGUUUGUUUCUUGCAUUAUCGACUCAGUGUUGUGUUACCAUUGGAGGAAUGCUGUGCUCAGGAUAAAAUUUCUUAUGACUGUUUCUUCUGUUUGGUGACUUGGUGUGGAUUAACAAACCCAUUGACUUGUGAGGCAAAGUAGAUUGAAAGUGUAGAAGAGAUUUCAAAAUUAUGGUGGUAACUCAUUGAUUAAUAAUUUUCUCCAGAUUUGCUAUACGUGUUUUCCAACAUCUCACGGAAUCUCAAUUUCAUUGAGCACAUGCAGCUGACUGGCUGGAAGCUGUAAGUUGAGAUCUUUUUACCACCCAACUUGUAAAUGUUCUUCUGUUGCAAUAAUUGAGAAGGGAGAAUCAACCAUUGUUCCUGAUUUUUUUUACAGGAACCAAAGGGGGAAAUCGAUAAUUGUUGACCCAGGAUUGUACUUGUCAAAGAAAUCUAACAUCGCUAUGACUACUCAACGGCGGUCCCUUCCUACAUCCUUCAAGUUAUUUUCAGGUUUUUCAAUCACUCCGUUAACUCGCAUUGUAUCUUCUUUGCAUCACUGCUAUAGUUCAUGUUACAUUUGUAAUCAACCAAUUAUUUAUCUGAAUUAUUAUCCUCAACCCUUGAUAUAAGUGUGUAACAGGGAGAGUCAUACCUCUUUCAUGCCUUUCAGGCAUAUAUUUCUAAUAUCUUCCUUUAGGGAACAGUGCACUUCUACCUAACUGAUAUGCAUCUUCAGUUCUGCUGUUUUGCACAUAGGGAGUAAUGAAGUCAAAUUCUCGAGUCAACUCCUAAAUCGUACCAGCUUACAAGGAUACUCACCAAAGUAUAUCUUACCUGAAUCUAUAUUAUUUUCUCCAUUUCUAGCCCUGUUCGAUGAUUGGGCAUCUUAGGGGUCUUGCAGAAUAGAUAUUGAAUAUGGAUAAUGUUGUGAUCUUGUUAUUAUAAAACUUAUAUUUGGCCAAGUUGUUAAGAGUGUGAUUAGUAACUAUAAAUCUUUUAUGUGAUCCUUAAAAUGUUAAGAUUCAACCCUUCAAGUUUACUUUCCAAUUUUACAGUUCUAUGUAAAACAUGUUGGAUGUUUACAAAUUAUAAGGUGCUGAAUACUUUGGAGAUAGCACAAUACCAAAGUUGACUUAUGAGAUUGAGAAACAUGAAACAUAUUGCCAACAACUUAGAGAAUAGGAUUUUGAUUAUUUUUUUGGAACAGCUGAACUUUUUAUAGAUUUGUUGCUUUGUGACCAGUUAAUGCUGAUCUCUGCAAGAUGAAAAAUAUAGUAAUAUACCCAUUUUCCAGGAUCCACCAUAUCACAUGAUUCUGUGAUUCAAUUCUACUCUUUUUGUUCCACUCUGCUUUUGAAUUCCAUGAACAAUCUAUAGUUUGACUAAGUUUCUUAGGAGACCGCGAAUACAAACAGUAAUGCUAUAACCUUCAGGUCUCAACUCUGGAGUAGAUAAAAAUGUUUCAUGUUCAGUCAGCUGUCCUGCAUCUUUACUUUUCAUGAUCUCUAACUUCUGGAGGCACAAGUUCUUUUAGAUAAUUAUUGCGGGGCAAGUUUCCCUUUUGCUUCUGAUCCAAGUCUUAUAUCCUGCCUUAAACAUGCCAAAAUCCCUACAUGUUUGUCUUUAGAAUCACUCCAUCUUGUUAUGUUAGGUCUAUUGUCUCGUAUAUCCAUAUGAAUUAGGAAGUGACACAUUGCCUAGUCAUUUAUCCUUUUGAAACUUUCAUCAUUUUGAAAUGCUGAAUUCCUCUUUUGAUUUGGAUUCUUCUUUCAAACAGGUUCAGCGUGGGUAGUUCUCACGAGAUCCUUCGUCGAAUACUGCAUAAUGGGUUGGGAGAAUCUCCCACGAACCAUGCUCAUGUACUAUACCAACUUCAUCUCCUCUCCAGAAGGCUACUUCCACACCAUCAUAUGCAACAAUGAGGAAUUCCGAACCACAGCCAUAGGCCACGACCUUCACUACAUUGCCUGGGAUACCCCACCAAAGCAGCACCCUAUAUCCUUGACAAUGAAAGACUUUGACAAGAUGGUUAACAGCAGUGCUCCAUUUGCCCGGAAAUUUGCAAAGGAUGAUCCGGUUCUAGACAAGAUUGACCAGGAGCUCUUGGGACGGACCCAUCGAUUCGCUCCAGGGGCCUGGUGUGUUGGUGAGACAGAUAAUGGGUCUGACCCGUGCUCUGUGCGUGGGGAUCAUUUGGUCUUUAGUCCUGGCCCUGGAGCGAAAAGAUUGCAGGAACUGCUUCGGACAUUGCUGUCAGAGGAGUUUCGGAAGCAACAGUGUCUGUGACAGGGUUAAAGCAUUUUUAGCUCAAACUCCACAAAAUGUAAAUGGAUGUACUGAUAUAGGUUAUACGGUGGCGGAUGUAGAGGCAGAGUGUUCAAUUUUUCCCCUGAUAGAUCUCUGUCACGGCAACUCUACAUCUGGGAAAAGAGGAAGAAAGGAAAAAUUGUUGUCAAGUGGUCUGGUUUCCCACUUUCCAGUUACAAUUCAGACUACAUGUGCAUGUUAUAAUCAUGUUAUAAUCAGGCGGGUUCAGCUUAGAUAGUGAGAAAUUCACGCCCACCCAUUAUUCGUAAUAUUUGGGUUCGGAUUUUAUCUGUACUCAUAAAAAUUCUUAAGGUUU